AUGCCCCCUGCUGCUAUGUCCUCUGCACGUCGCGCUGACGGUUCGUUGAAAGACGCCAGUGAGAUAGCGUGGUACAAUGAUGCCGAAGACGACUCUCCAAUGGUUCCUCCCCCUGCUCCUGCACACAAUGGCACUCUCAAUUUGUUUGUACGUCGUUCUGGUCGAGCGGUCAAACCCACAGAGAAGAUCCGCGAGACUCUGACUGCCAGCAGUACCUCAGCCAAACGGUCAGCUGUAGAACCUCCUCAGGGUGUCCCUGCACCCAAACGAGUGUUCGUUGGUACCAGUAGCAGAGAGGAUGACGAGGAUGACGACGAAGAUGCACCCGCACUUGAAGACGUUACAGAUGAUGAGGAAGAGGAUGCCGAGAAUGCUGAGAAUGCCGAGAAUGAAGAAGCUUAUCAACGGACGAAGAAGCUCGGCGACCAGGAUCGCGAAGACCGCAAAUCCCUCAAGAAAGAUGAACGCAGCGCUGACUUGACUACAGUCUUUACCUUUGAGAAAGGUCACAUCAACCCCCACACCCAGGAGCGUGAAAAUGGGUGGUGGUGUGAGGUAUGCAAGGCCAAUAAUGUCCCACUACACCAGUGCUUUUUUAAAGGUGGUAUCUCGACUAGACGCACUCACAUUGCUCGCCAUCCCAAGUGCCACUACCCAGUCUAUCACGACCGCUGCAAAGAACGGGGUAUCAAGAUGCACAAUCGUGCCAUACCUCGUGAUUGCAAGGCAACCGACAGUCAGGCAACCUUGGACGGCUCUCUGACUCCAAAGAUUCCCACGUUCAUGAAGUCCGGACUCAUGGAUUACAUCGUCGAACUCAUUGUCGCUGAGGACGAGCAAAAUUUCCAUGACGUUCGACUCGUGGACAUCUUUUCCUGGUCACCCUUUCCUAUCCAUUACAGCGCAUUACAUAGACUCCCCGAUUAA